CCCGUUUCCCAGAAAGUGAUCGCCACAGCUGCAGUUCGAGUCUACCACGCGUCCUUUCAUGCCUCUCAAAACGACUGGAGUCCUUCAAAAUUAAAAGGGAUUCUCGUCUUUGGGAGGGAUCGUGACUCCACUGGAAAUGGUGGCAACCGACCUACAGACCGUGGUGAACAUGGUUUACGUGUCAAAGAGAAAUAUUGGUUUCGGCUUGUGGACGUUAAGACCGAUCGAGUAGUUUGGAUGUUUGCAAUCCCCGAGGUCUUCGAAUACAACAAGGACAAACCAUUCUUUCAUUUCUUCUCUGGGACGACUCGUAGAUUUGGGUUCUGUUUUGACGAGGACGAGGAGGCUGCAUUGUUCUAUAAGACAGUCACUCAGAGGACGCGACGCCACCUGGUCAAUAAACUCCCAACAAGCCCAAAACCCAAAAAGAAUGUAAAAUUCAAUCCAAAGCAGCCAACGCCGCUGAAAACAUCCAUGAUUUCGGGGCCCACCCCUCAUUCUUUUGUUCACGUGUCACAUGUUGGCAUCAAUAACAAAGGAAACAUAGAGACUUCGAAGAACAUAGGUCCUGCGUGGGCAGCUCUUAUCGCUGACUUGCAAGGA